GUAGCAAUUCGUCACGGUGGUCAUUGGGAGAGAUCUAAUUACAUAGGUGGGGACGAGGUUCUUGUAUACAUGCAUGUGGGUUUGCUAUCAUAUGAUAAUCUAGUACGAGAGAUUAACGAGCAACUGGAUUGUGGUGAAAGCGCCUCUGAUUUUUUGUUUCACUACCUGACGAGCAUGAGCGAUGGUAGGAGAACAAAAGUUGCUUUGAAAAAUGAUACAGAUUUUUUUCGAUUGCUUUUGGAACAAAAUGACUAUCCAAUAGUAUAUGUGGUCAAGAAAGGCAAACAAUCAGCUACUGGUGUAGAAAACCGCACUGAAUCAAGGCGUUUUGGCGAUGGCAAGCGUCCAACAGUCAACGCGCAUACUCAGAUAGCCUCUUCCGAUGACGACAUACCCGAUGACGAUGAUGCUGAUGAUGAUAUAGUGUCUAUAGAUGAUGAGAUCGUGGACAAGCGUCGUGAAGAGAUAGUGUUGUCGGCAAUCCAUGAAUUUACAGGUUGGAUUCGCCAUCCUGGUCACCUCGAGAAGAUGAUUGGGAAUUGUAAAUUUUCUUCUAAUGAUCGUCAUCGGGACAAAGACGUACGUGCUGAAGAUGACGAUCCUGAUUCGCGUAAUGAACUCCGCAAUUGGUUGAUUGUCAUCCCAGAGGUUGAUAGUGCCUUACCAUUAUGUUGGGAUGAACCCUCGUUUCCAGAUAAAGAUCAACUUGCGGUGAAUGCCACAUUUUGGUCUAAGGAUGAGUUGGCAAUUGCUGUAGGGCUUUAUCACAUGGAGGAAAAAGUGGAGUACGCGGUGGAUCGAUCCACCAACAAACGUUUGGGUUAUAUAUGCAAACAUGACGACGAUUGCCCUUUCAUGUUGCGUGCAGUACAAAAAGUUGGAAUUUGGAUAAUCAUUAAGUUCAUUCCGGACCACACUUGUCGUUCGAAUUUGAGUCGCACUGCUCCGAGAAUGCUGCCGUCUAGAGUAGUUGCUGCAUACUUUUCACGUAAAUUAUCGGUGGAGAGGGUUGUUCUCAAACCGAAAGAGAUGAUUGAUGAGAUGCUUAGGCUAUUUGGCAUUGAGAUGGGCUACAAGUUUGCUUUGCGGUCCAGGGAUAUUGCUAUAGAGAUGAUGUAUGGCGCGUUCGAGCAGUCUUAUCAGCGACUCCCGACUUAUCUAUACUUGUUGAGGGAGCGUAAUCCUGGGACCCUAUAUGAUGUUCAGACUAGUACUCUGACGGGUGAGUUCCGCUACAUGUUUUUAGCUCUUGGACAGUCUAUUCACGCCUUUAAACAUCAUUUGAGGCCUGUCAUUGUAGUGGAUGGAACCCACCUUAAAGGAAAGAACAAAGGGGUUCUAUUCGUCGCAGUUACCAAAGAUGGGAACGAAGGGGUCUUUCCUCUUGCAAUUGGUCUUGGUCCUAUCGAGAAUGACGAAUCAUGGACAUAUUUUUUCUCGAUGUUGCGUAUGAGCCUAGGAGAUCCGCCGGAUGACUUACUGAUCGUGUCUGAUCAACACACGAACAUCCAGAGUGCCAUUGAGUCCAUAUACCCUAAUGUUUCUCACGGGUUGUGCUAUUAUCAUAUACAAAAGAACUUGGCGCGAUUUGACCGUCACGUAGCUCAAAUAUACAAAAAUGCAGCGUACAGUUAUCGACAUGAAGUAUUUAACGUCAAUUUCACUGCUUUGGAAGCCCACAACCCGGAGGGUGCUUACAAAAGGCUGACGGAUAUUGGGGUUCAAAGGUGGGCAAGGUCUAAGUGCCCGGUACGGCGCUACGGUUUUAUGACGUCCAAUGCAGCCGAAAGUAUGAAUGCUCGAUUGUUAUGGGCGAGACGUUUGCCGGUUUGCGCUAUGUUGGAAGUGUAUCGCUCAAUUGUAGAACAAUGGUUUGAACAGCGACGCGCAGCAGCUUUAGCGAGAGACCACGAGAUAACAGAUGAGGCUUUCAGAAAACUCUCUUUGUCUGUAGAAUUGGGUCGUCGGUAUAAAGUUUGGGGAACAACGACACAUGUAUUUAAAGUCGAAUCAGAGAACAGGACAACCUUUGUCGAUCUACAAAGCUUGACAUGCGAUUGUCGUAAGUUUGAUUUGGACAUGAUACCUUGUCGUCACGCUUGUGCAGCUAUACGGCAUGCCAACCUCAACGUCUAUGACUUUGUAGGACGUUAUUUCAAACAACAUGCUUUAUUACAAACUUAUGCAGCUCGGGUAGAGCCAGUUCCACAACCUGACAUGUGGGAUGUGCCGACUUCAGUAUCUGGCUACAUUAUUCGACCACCGGUCAUUAAGCGACAAUCUGGACGACCGAAAGACAGCAGAGCUCAAUCACAUCUUGAGAAAUCGUCUACCACACCUCGACAAUUUUGCGGUAGGUGUCAAGGACGUGGGCACAAUAGGAGAUCAUGCACGGCAUCCACUCCUAGCGAGGCCAUAGAUUUGAACAACUCGUUGGACCCUGAACCACGGAAGAGACGAGAAAAGAAGUGCAGUAUAUGUAAGAGUACAGAUCAUACGAAGAGAAGAUGCCCGGAGAAAGAAAAAGACCUGGUUGUUGAAGACUGUGUAAGUCCCGAUUAACUGUGUACGUAGUUGUGCACUGUCAUUGUGGACCGUAGAACUGAAUUGAACACUAUUGACUCAUUUUGAUUGAA